AUGUCGUUUCAGAGUGUGACAGAAUCGCAGCGCGAGUUCUUCUUGCGUGCUCGGCUACUCUAUGAUUUCGGGUGUGAGAAGAAUCAACUAACCAUCCUGCAAGGGUCAAUAUUCAUGAGUUCUUUCCAAAACUCGUUUGCUCCGGAUAAGGAUUUCCGUUUCUGGUUCAACAACGCGAUCCACGUUGCAACUCUCAUGGGACUGCAUAGACAGAACAUUGAACGGGAGCUACAGCCUGCUAUGCAUAGGCUCUGCCGUCGCAUUUGGUGGCUGCUAUUCCAACGAGAUGUUAUGUUCUCACUCGCAGGGUUUGAGAACGUGCGUCUAAUUAAUGACGCAGAGGUGGACGUUCGGCCGCUGACUGUAACGGAUUGGCUUGAGCAAUCGGAUGUUGAUUUACCCCAACCACUAACGACGAUACCUACCAUUACGGACAUUCAGAUGCAAUUCUUCAUUGAAAAUUGCAAACUUACUAAGUUAGGGGCCCGAUGCCUGCGUCUCUUACGCCAAGCUGACAUGACACCGUCUAUGGAGCAAGUUCGCUCCGUCGGCGAUGCAAUAAUAGCAUGGCGACGGGCACUUCCAAAGGAACUCCGAGCUGAUACGGCCUCUCCAUGGAGCGAUACCGAUGUAUGGGUUGCCGUUAUACACGCCUUUAGCUACCGACUAGAGUGUUUGUUUUAUCGGACGCUGCUGAGGCAUGUGGAUAAGGCCAGCCCGACGGAUAUAGGCCUCGUCAAUCAACGACUACUUAAUGCCAUGUUUGAGUUGAGUACGGUUUUGCGCCGUGCUAUGACCCAUGAAGUGCUUCUUUCUGGUCCACCUGCAUUGUGA